UUUCAUGUUGCUUAACAAGUCUUAGUGCUGUUUGGGUGAAUUAAGCCUUUAAAAUCUUAGGUAGGGUAUGAAGUAGUACUUUGUGUGGAAUACUCGAUGUGGUCCUGAAAGUGCAGCCUCUGGCUCUGUAGAAAAACUUACAGGGGCCAAGAUGAAAGUAGGAAACUCCUUGAAAAAAAACUUUUAAAUUCUAAGUCUAUUUUGAGUGAAAUCAUCCUGUAAAGCUGCAAGUUCUGCAUUUAAGCCGUAACUUGUGCACUUUAGUGAUCAUCUAUUGUGGUAACUUAUAAAAAAUGCGCUAAAUGCGCGACCGGAAGUGUGCAGCCCUCUCGGUGCAACCUCCGGCUUUGCAGACGUACCGUUCUCAUGAAUCUAGCGGCUGAUAGGCAUCAUCGGGUCAUAGGUCAGGCUUCAUGUCAUUGUGCGUCAGGUGAAGUGUAGGUUCGACUGAAACUAGCGCCGACGAAAAUGUCAUGUAGACAGGUGACCGUUUUUCAGGUGGAUGUGGAUGAAAUGUAUGAAAGUCCCACAUGGGAUGCUUGCUACGCUGUCCGCUCCACAGAGACACCGUUCUCCGUGGACAUCGACCUGCCUCCACCAGCCACGGAAUCCGCGGGGGGAUCCGAUUUGAUUCCAGAGGAUCCUGUAGAUGCUGAGGAUAAGGAAGACAGGCUUUCUACUCCUUCCCCUGUGGAUCAGGGAUCCCAUGCAGCAUCCUGGUCAUCAUCUCAAAUAUCUGGGAGGACAAGAUCUGUCACCCCUACCCACCUGCGAGCCCGAAGAGCUAGGAGAGCUGCUGCAUCACAGCCCAACAGAGGUCAAGGCUACAAUCGAUCAAGAGCACCUGUUUCUACGGGACACGGGUGUGUCUGCUGCUGCUGCAGCCAAAGAAGAUACAGUCAAGGACGAUCUGUGACAAGGAGAUACAGGUCAAGAAGAUAUGUGUCAAGUAGUUGCAUGCCAAGUGCAGCAUUAUGGGAGCACCUACCUGUAGUCAUCCAGCCUACCAGGUGGUACCAGGUUGUUGGGAGGAUGCCAUGUGGCUACUGCAAAUCCCAGGGCAGGCACAAGAUGACGUCUUGGAUAUGCCAGAGAUGUGAGGUGCCCCUGUGUCUGAUGCCAUACAGAAACUGCUACACCAAGUGGCAUGCCCAGAUAUGUUGAGUUCAGCAGGCUGAAGUCACCUUUCAGCAUAGAGGUAGUUCUCCCAUAAUGUUCUAGAGUAGAGUUCCUGUGUUACCACAACGUUUGUUAGUCCAGUUUUUUCCUGUUUAUCCUUAUAAUCAGAUUCUCAAAGCUGAAUAAUGUAAUGCAGAAUAUUAUUUUGGUAGGUACACCAGUGUGGUGAAUAUGGUUAAAUGUGAAAAAAUAAUCUGAAACUAUUUUUUUUUAAUUUCCUUUUAUAAUAUAUUCCAAUUGUUGUAACUAUUUGUUCUAAAUUUUCAGUAAAAUGUUCCUGCUUACAGUAACAAUUCUUUUAUUUAUUCAAACCUAUUUGUAACCUAUUUCACAAAAAAUCUAUUUCCCUACAAAAAUUGACAAUGUGGUACAUGAUACAGAGAGCAGAAAGCUCACUAUGCCUACAAACAUCAGUGCAGUUCACAUUUAAUGCAACUGUGGGUUUUUAAUUAAUACACUUGGAUGAAGAAAUCAGAUCCUUUAGAAGAAAAAUUGAAAAAACUUUGUAAAAUCAGACAAACAAGCAUGAUAUUCUUGGAGUUUGUCAGCCACCGCAUACUGUAUACAGAGAUUUAGGUGCCUACUUAAAGGAACAUCACCAGUGCCAAAAUGGUAAAAAUUAAGAAUUAGAAUUCUUAAAAAUUUAAAAUUGUUCUUUAAAUUGUGGUUUUAUUUACUCAUAAUAGUCCUGUUUGUUCAUCAAGUGGUCCGAAAUGACUGGUAAAACAUAGAUUCAUUGUCUUUACUGCACAUGGACCGCCAUGCUUACUGUCAUGCAUAAUAAACCCUCAAAGGCGCAUUAGGCGGUAAAAAUGCCCUGAUAAUUAUUUUUUUUAAACACUGAGGCAUUAAUCAACAAGCAGCAUUUGAGUUUUAUAACUGGCCUAAAUGAGUGCAACAUCAAAGUACUAUAGAAGUACUUUAUUUUAUACUGACAUGCACUACCAGUCAAAAAUUUGGAUACACCUUCUCAUUUAAUGUUUUUUCUUUAGUUUAAUGACUAUUUACAUUAUAGAUUCUCGCUGAAGGCAUCAAAACUAUGAAUGAACACAUAUGGAAUUGUGUACUAAACAAAAAAGUCAAAUAAGUCGAAACAUGUUUUAAAUUUUAGAUUCUUCAAAUUAGCCACCCUUUACUUUGAACUGAACUGGGGUCUUUCAGUCCAGGAGGAAAGUAA